CCACGAUUCCUUGUUGACAGUAACAUUAUAUAUGAUUUGUCUGUUUCCUUCAGCCACUGUGGGAGGCCGGGGAGGCGACACAGCUGCGGCGUCCGGUUGCCAGGCAACGCAAGACGUCCGCCCGGAUCACCGCCGCCGCCAGCGGCAUGACGUCAUUGGUCAGCGCCCGCAGUGGACGGAUGCCACGUGGAACGCUGCCGCACCCCGGCUUCCUACAGCGGCGGGGGGUAUUUAGGGUACAUGCUUGAUCCAGAUCCAGACAAGACGCCAAGUUUCCUGUAUUGAAGCUACUGAGAGUGCCCUGUACCUAACAGCCUUGCUACAGAUCCUGUACCAACAAAUGAAACCAAAAUUGCUCCUCACCAGAGGCCAGAAGCUGGUCCAAUGCAGCGGAACCUGGGAUGCUUCCAAUGUAGCAGCACUGACAUUGAAGAAAAGGUACAGCCACUUCCACACCAGGAACCAGCAGUGCUUCAUCCCCCUGCCUAAGAGAUGCAGUCUCUAGCACCAUCCAGAGACUGACGUUUUACCAUCACUUAGGCCAAGGUGCUUUUGGGAAGGUCCUGCUGGCAGCAGACUCGCACACCAGUCAGUUGUUGGCGGUAAAGAUAAUGAGCAAGAAACAACUGCUAGAGAUAGAUCCCGAAAUGGCCUUUGUGGAGAGGAAAGUGUUAGAACUUGCAUCUGGGUGCCCUUUCCUCAUUCACAGCCACUUCGCUGACCAGACCAAGGAACACGUACUCCUUGGGAUGGAAUACGCGAGUGGCGGUGAUUUAGAACAUCUCCUAAAGAGGAAUGGGCCUGUUACCAUCUCCAGUGCAAGAUUCUACUGUGCAGAGCUUGUAUGUGGGGUUCAAUUCCUGCAUUCCAAGGGCAUCGUCCAUGGCGACCUCAAGCCAGAUAACAUCUUAGUGGCUGCAACAGGCCACCUCAAGAUCGCCGACUUCGGUCUCGCAAGUAACAUCAUGCAUGGAGACCGGAGUGCUACCGGCUGUGCUGGAAGAUGUGGCGACAUUACUCCUGAGGUGCGUUCAGGCGAGGAGAGCCGUUUUGGUGAAGACUGGGCUGGCGUCGCUGUCAUCUUAAGCCAAAUGGUUAAUGGAACAUCUUAUGCACCAGGCACCGAAGUGAGAGACAUCAUUGACGAGCUCUUCAAUUACAACCCAGCCAAACACCCAGGAGAUAAUGAUAACAUCCGCCACCAUCGUUUCUUCCAGCAUAUCAACUGGGUCGCCUUGGAGGCCCUUGAGAUUGAGCCCCCAUACAUCCCUGCACCACCGACCUUUCCACCCUCUGCCUCCAGACCUAACCAUCUAGAAGUAAUGGAGGCAGAAGAGGCCCUUUAUCCGCCAAUAACAGCUGCUGAGCAGGACCGGUUUGCAGGGUUCUCAUUUACCACCUCCACCUGGAGAACCCCCCCAAAGGCACCGGGCCUAAGAACAUCUAACUGAGGCAGCAGCACUGCUGGAUGCAGGAGUUGGAGUUUCUGCAGAACAUCUGAAAUAAGAAGAUUGAUUACAUCUUGGAAGAUUGUUUAUUAUUUUCUUAUUUGUUAUAAGUUUUUAAAUUUUACUUUUGUUUUAAAUUUUAAUAUUAACAUUUUUUUAAUUUACAUUUUAAAAUUUAGUGGGAGGGUAUAAGUAUUUUGUAAUUAAACAAUUUAAAAUUUUACAAUUUUUAAAUUUUUGUAUUUACCAUUUUUCGUUUACAUUUUAAUUAUUAGAUUUUAUAAGUAUGUAAAUUUUAUUUAAAAGUUUUUUAAAUUUUUUACAUUUUUAAAUUUUUUUAAUACAACCAUAACAUCAGGUGUGUGAUGGGCCAGCUAGAGGGGGCGGCUUGGAGGCCGGUAUUUUUUUUUUUUACAUUUUAAUAGUUAGGGGCCCAUUUAUCAAAUAAUAUUUGUGCUACACCUGCUGCAAUCCCUCCAUUUCUGCCCGUAGCCACAUUCCUCAUAGGUUUCUAUGGGGAUGCGAUGCUGCCCAAUAAAUCAAUAUCGGGAACGCAAAGCAUUCCCAAUAUUGGGAGUAAUUCAAAGUUGAUCGUAGAUGUGCUAAAUUUAGCACAUCUACGAUCCUUUACUUUGACAUGCGGGGGGGACGCCCAGCACAGGGCUAGUCCGCCCCGCAUGUCAGGCCCUGCUCCCCCUACACAGGUACAAAAGCAUAGCACAGCGGUGAUGCUUUUGUACCUGACAUGUAGCUCCCUGCCAGCGCAGCUCCUGCUAGCUUGCAGAGGGCUAACUGCCAUGUCCCGGGUCGAAGCGGCUGCGUGUGAUGUCACGCAGCCACUGCGGCCCACCCACCCAACAGUCCAGAGACGCCUCCAUUGCUCGGACCGUGCCUCACCAACGGCGUUCUAACACCGUUGGCACGCCCCCUCCCGUCCCGCGACUGCCUCUGCCUGUAAAUCAGAGGCGAUCGCACCAGUGAGAUGCUUUCUCAUCUCACUGCCUGCACAGUGCACCACCAGCGUACUGCGCAUAGUAAUUCAGACAGCAAUCCCUGCCGAUGCAGCAAUGCAGUCUGAAUUAUCCCCAUUGUCCCUCCAGUAUUGCGGUAGCCCAUUGUAGCCUAUGGGCUAUGGAUCGCGAAAAGUAGAUCCGGCUGGGUUCCCUAGGAACCCUCCGCCAGAAAUGCCUCUGUGCAUUGCGGUCACCCCCACAGCUACCGCAAUCUUUUGAUUGCGAUAGCCUAUUGUAGCCUAUGGGAUAUGGAUCGCGAAAGUAAAUCCGUCUGGGUUCCCUGGGAACCCUCCGUCUGAAAUGCCUCUGUGCACGCAUGCACAGGGUGCCUAAUUCAGAUCGGUUCGCUCACUAGCUAUUUUUUGCAGCGCUGCGAACUGAUGGAUGCCGCCUAUAUGGGAGUGCAUUUAAGCUUUGCAAGUGUGUGAACGCGUGUGCAGCUGCCCUGUAUAAAAACAGCUUGUGCAGUUUCUGAGUAGCUCUGACCUUACUCAGCCGCUGCAAUCACUUCAGCCUAUUCGAGCCCGGAAUUGACGUCUGACACCCACCCUGAAUACACCUCGACACACCUGCGUUUUCCAACCACAGUCAGUUGCCACCCACAAACGCCCUCCUCCUGUCACUCUCCUUGCGAAUGGCUGUGCAAAUGGUUUCUUCUCUAGAACCAGUGCACAGCAACGAUCCGCUUUGUAACCGUACGGUGCGCCUGCGCAUUGCGGUUCAUACACAUGCGCAGUAGUUACCUGAUCGCUGGGCAGCGAAAAACGCUAGCGAGCGAACAGAUCUGAAUUAGGCCCAGGAUCCCUGUCCCUGCGGGUGCCAGGUGAUACAUUCACACAUAUUGCAAUGCGAUUCUGGGUGUUAAGAUCCAGUCCAGAUCGCAUUAUAUGCAACCCUUGAUAAAUGGGCCCCUAAGUGAGUUAAAAUGUAUUUUUCCAUCAAACCAUAACAACACAAAAUAAGGUGUGUGAUUGGCCCGGCUAGAGGGGGAGGUUUGGAGGCCGGCUUUUUUUUUUUUUUACAUUUACAUUUUUUUUUGUGUCCUACUAUAUAUUUCCAUAACACAAUAAUAACAAAAAAGCAGAGUAGGCCUAUCGUGGGUUAAACUACGAGGCUACAUGGGGGGAUUGUGUGCGAUACACAGUUUAUUUUUAUCCAGUUAGGUUUUUUUAGGGAUGGGGUUCUAGGCUUUGCUGUACCAGAGGUGACACUGUCUGUGUAGUCACAUUGCUCAUUUCUUUUUAUUAUAAAAGAAUAAUUUAUUAUAAAUAUUUUUAUUAUUUGAAUAAAGUUGGUGUUUAAAUGUU